AAAAAUCUUACGAACAUCAUAAUUUAAUUAGAGCCAAAUAUCUAUGAACACAAGAUAUAUGCCCAAUGUCUCCAUACAUUUAAACGAAUCAAUUGUAUAAGGAAGAAUAUUCAUUACAAAAUACAUGAUAAAUUUAAACUUAACUUUGCUUCAUUAAAAUUACAACAAUUAAGAGAGACGUUUGAGUAUAAAAGAGCAACAACUCAAUAUUUAACAUCUAAAAAAUAUUAUUCUAAUUAAAAGUUCUACUCCUUGCUAUGCUUAUCUUCAAUUCCACCUCAAGUGUGUCAAUCUUGUGUUAGAGAAGUAUGGCAAGCCCACUAUGCCCCAAUAUUGAGUAGAAUUGUUGUUGCAUAGCAUUGGUUUUCUUGGAUAAUCUUUGCCUCUCACCACUCAAGCCAUGAUAUGGAGAUGUUUCCUUUCUAACCACUUGGUCUCCAUUUGAUCCCAAUCAAAUGCUUGCUCUAAUUCGCCAUCAUUCUUCUGCACUCAACCGUGAUGCAUACUGGUCAAUAACUCAAAGAGUAUACCAGGCAUGCAGGGAGGCUUCCAAUUCAUGGUGAUGCCUCUGCAAAAGCCACCUUAUACAAGGACAGAUUCCUGAUGUCUUUCCAAAAGCUUUCUCGUGAUCCUCGCUUUUCCAAACCUGCUUUUGGCAGCACCAUAUCUGAGUACGGCAGCUGCGAGAUAUCUCCAAUCCAAUCCCUGGUUGGGCAGAUAGGAAGAAAAUGGGUUAUGGGUGUAAUAUCUCAAUUGGAAGAUGGUCAUUUCUUCUUGGAAGAUCUUAAUGCAGCGGUGGAAGUCAAUUUAUCUGAAUCAAAAAUAACAACAGGAUUUUUUUGUAGAAAACACAAUUGUCCUAGCCGAAGGUGAAAUGCAGCUGGAUGGUGUUUUUAAGGUUAGGACAUGUGGGUUUCCUCCUCUAGAAGACCGAGAAAAGUCCACGUCAUUUUUUUCAGGGAUUGACUUCUUUGGUGGUGGUAUACUAACAAAUGAGGAAAAUCUAAGACUUGCAGAGCUGGAAAAAAGAACUGUGAAUGACAUGUUUGUCAUCCUCUCUGAUAUAUGGUUGGACAAUGAAGAGACUGAGAAAUCUCGAGAUUAUCCUUAGUGGUUAUGAAGAUGUAGAGGUGGUUCCUUCAUUAUUUGUUUUUAUGGGAAAUUUCUGCUCUCAUCCAUGCAACCUCUCCUUCAAGUCUUUCUCAAGUCUCAGGUCACAGUUUGGAAAACUUGGGGAACUUAUUGCAUCCCAUCAACGACUGAAAGAGCAUAGUCGGUUUCUUUUCAUUCCUGGUCCUGAUGAUGUAGGUCCUUCAACAGUGUUGCCUAGAUGCCGUUUGCCAAAAUACAUUACAGAAGAACUUCAAAAGAAUAUUCCAACCGCCAUAUUCUCUAGCAACCCAUGCAGAAUCAAGUUUUACACGCAAGAGAUUGUAUUUUUCCGGCAGGAUAUGCUUUACAGAAUGCGCAGGUCAUGCAUAAUGCCACCUUCUACCGACGAGACCAGCGAUCCAUUUGAGCAUCUUGUUGCUACUAUUACUCAUCAAAGCCAUCUAUGCCCCCUCCCUCUCACUGUGCAACCCAUUAUAUGGAAUUAUGAUCACAGCCUCCACCUUUACCUGUCUCCACACACGGCAUGCAGGGAGGCUUCCAAUUCAUGGUGAUGCCUCUGCAAAAGCCACCUUAUACAAGGACAGAUUCCUGAUGUCUUUCCAAAAGCUUUCUCGUGAUCCUCGCUUUUCCAAACCUGCUUUUGGCAGCACCAUAUCUGAGUACGGCAGCUGCGAGAUAUCUCCAAUCCAAUCCCUGGUUGGGCAGAUAGGAAGAAAAUGGGUUAUGGGUGUAAUAUCUCAAUUGGAAGAUGGUCAUUUCUUCUUGGAAGAUCUUAAUGCAGCGGUGGAAGUCAAUUUAUCUGAAUCAAAAAUAACAACAGGAUUUUUUGUAGAAAACACAAUUGUCCUAGCCGAAGGUGAAAUGCAGCUGGAUGGUGUUUUUAAGAGUUGAUGCUGUUGGGGUUCAUGUCAUUGCUAUUGACUGUGUUCCAAGGUCGCAUAAACAAGAUAGGUGUGCCUCCCAAUACAAUGCAUCACAUGCUCCCCUGCCCUUUAGCUCAGGAAGAAGCCUUUUUAGCUGCUGAAUUGGCUCCUGUUUCCCAUGACGAAGAGUUCCAUAGCUGGAAGUUGCCUCCUGAGCGAGUACCAGGCACUGGUUAUUGCGUUGCGAAGAUGGACCGUGGCAGACAUUCCGUAAAUAUGGGUAAUCUCCAACGCAAUCGAAGGAAGGAGAUUGCGACAAGUCAUCCUAGUUUACGCGAAGGCAAAGGUAAAGGGCGGGCCGGGUCUUCUUCUCAAAGUCGAGAAGAUUUUGAUGACGGAUACCAAAAGCGAGAUGAGGAUGCGAUGUCCGACGAGCAACUACAACAACUAUUGGCGCAAAAUGAUGGUCGCUUUUUUCAACAACAAAACAUCUCAGAGUCCAUUGAUGAAGAGGAGCUCGAGGAUGACAAUGUGGAGGAGGACGAGGGGGGCGACGGGACUCACGUCACCCCGGAUGAUGAGCAAGAGUUGGAGGACGAGGGCGGUCCAUCCCAAGUUGGUAAGAAAUCUAAAUCUCCUAUUAUAGAAAAUAAUUUUACAAAGAGGAAAGACCCAACAACCGAUAAAUGGUACGCAAGUUGUGAUCAUUGCAAGGAGUAUAGCUUGGAACUUCCGGCGAAUAUGGGAGCCUCAAAAGGCAUCUUAAGUCCGCGCACUCUGUGGAGUAUGUGAAAAUAGACAAAGGCAAGGGGAAGCAAACUCAAAUAUCGAGGUUUGCAAAUGACCAACCUUUUGGCAAUUUCUCAUACACUGAUGCACAAAAUUUGACUGGUAUAGCUAACUUACUUGUUGAAAAAAAUUUGCCUUAUUUGUUUUCUGAAAGUCUUGCUUUUAAAGAUUAUACACAAACUAGUUUAAAUCCUCAAUUUAGAAGUUAUUGUAGCAAAACGGUUAAGAAAGAAAUUAUAAGGCUUUAUCGUGCGGAAAAGGAUAGGUUACAAAAAAAAUUGCAAACUUUAAUGGCCGUGUAACUAUUUGUUCUGACAUUUGGGAGGAUACUAAUCAUAAUUUACAUUAUUUGGGCCUAACUGCACGUUUUAUUGAUAAUGAUUGGAAUUUGUAUAAACGUGUUCUUGCUUUUCGUGAAUUUAAUGAUCGUCACACCGCUGAGCAUAUUUAUAUUUUGAUUGAACGUAUUUUAACUGAGUAUAAUUUGAUUGAUAAAGUGUUUGCUAUAGGUUUUGAUAAUGCUACUAAUAAUACUGUUACUAUACGUAGAUUGCGUGAAUUGUGUGGUUCUAAUACUUUGAUGAAUAGAUUUUUUCAUCAACGAUGUGCAUGCCAUAUUAUAAAUUUAUGUGUGCAAGACGGUUUAACAGCGUUAGAAGAUGCUAUGAAGGUAGUCAAGGGGGGGAUUAGACGUAUUUGGGGCAAUGGUCAACUUAAUUAAAAUGACAAAAUUAUUUAAUUGAAAGAGGUGUGAAAUAUGUUGCUUUUCCUAAAGAUUUGUCUAUUCGGUGGAAUAGUACUUAUAAAUUAAUUAAAGUUCUUCUUAGAUAUAAAGAACAUUUUCCUGCUUUUUUAAGACAAUAUGAUAACUAUAUUUUAAACUCCGCUCACAUCGACCCGGCAGGUGACCCGGCCCAAACCAGCACCGGGCGAAUGACGGGCCAAUUCCGGGCCCCCCAUUCCAGGACCGGAGGCCUGACCAAGCCUAGGCCCGGCCCGGGCCCAAACAAGCCCGAGUCCAAGUCUAAUUAUAAUCCAUGCAAAAGUUUUAUUAAGUUUUUUUCGUAAGUCUUAUUAAGUUAAAAUGUUAAACGUCCGUUUUCUAUUUGAAUAUUGCCACAAGUCUAUUUAUAAUAGCAAGUUAUAUUACGUACUUAAGAAUGACGAUAUAAUUAAAAGUGGAAAAAUUAUUAUUUAUUAUUAGGCCACUAUUAUGAGUUUUUUACAUGAAUAUUAUCAAAAAUAUUUGGGGUUACAAAAAUAUGACUAUUAAUGAGGAACUCAUACGGCACCAUGGGAGUAAAAAUAGGGUAAAUAGUCAUAUUUUUGUUAGUGGGGUUUAAAGUAGUUAUAUUUAUGUAAUUUCCACUAUUAUCAUGAUCCAUUUUAUUAUAACAAUUCUGAUUAUCAUCAUUACUGUUAAGGAAAAUGAUUAAAUAAACUAUUCAGUCUAUUCUACUAUUUCCAAAUUCCAAUCUAUUGUUUCAACACCUAUAGUCCUAUACUAAAAUAUGUUGAUUCAGAAUAAUGGUAUAGUGAAAAAUUUUUCAUUUUCAGAAUAAUUUAUUUAUAGCCACUUAAAUAAGUAAUAUACUAUCCUCCGUUCUCUUUUAAUCGCAACA